AUGGAAAAUCUUCGCGAAAAUUCGCAAAGAAUUCUUAAGUUAGUUUCUGGACGCAAAUACAAGGUUGCAUCUGAAGAAAUAUCCCCAGUCAUCGAUAGUAUUAAAGGAAAUUCUGAUGAAGAAACAGAAAUUUUAUUUUCAUUACUUGCUGCAAGAGCUCAAUGUGCAUUGUUAUUAGACAAGAAUGACAUAGUCGUUGAAGACUGCAACAGAAUCAUAAAAUCAUACCAUGAAAUUAGAAAAGAACCCCUUGAAAAUGAUCCACUCCAAAUUUAUUUCGCUUUGGCUCAUUUCAGACUCGGACAGGUAUUCGAAUCCAAAGAAAAUCUCGUAGCAGCACUUGGAGAAUACUCAAUUACAAAGAAAAAUGGCACAAAUAAGGAAAUUGAGCAAGGAAUUAAAAUGUUCAUGUCACAUAUCGGAAUGCCUAACCUUUCUACCACCGAUAAUGACAUUAAACCAUACAGAGAUCUCGUAGACUUAGUUUUUGACCAAGAUGAAUUUUUGAUUCAAUUAUUAAAGCUCAAAAUGUUUUUAAGACAGAACCAAAUUACAGACCAAGGUGCUGAGAAGCUUACUGCCCGUAAUAUCGGCAAAAUUAUCAUUCCUUUGAUGAAAUUAUUCGUUCACAAUACAAAAGUCAUCGAAGCCCUUUCAGAUUUCGGCAUCCAGCUCUUCAUCGACGGAGUAUUCGAUUUUACCUUGAUGCAUACCUUAGUUCCUUCAUUAAAGGAUGUUUCAUCCCAAAAUCUUGGAAAAAUCGUCAAAUACCUCAAAUUGGCCGAUGAAGAAUCAUUUAAGAAGGCCGCAGAGAAGGGACUUUUGGACAUUUUGCUCGACCACUUUGAAAAAUCUGAAUUUGAAGGUCCAGAACGUGACGCUUUACUUCUUUCCAUAUCAAUUUGCAAUAUUACACCAGCAGCGAUGCGAAGGAUUGCAACAAACAAGAAGUAUGUCGAUACACUUUUUAAUAUGAAAAAUAAUGUAUCGAUUUUGGCGUUUUCCAGGAUCUGUUUCAUGUCAGAUUGCACUUUAUACCUCGAGGAUCCCAAGAAUGUCCAGUUUGUUCUCGAUUUGAUCGAUGAAAAAAUGGAACCAUUCGUUCUUUCAGCUGCAUGCGUUAUUUUAUGCAGAACCAUGGCCAAAUAUGAUGAAAAAGCCAAUAGAUCAUUCGACUACAGCCUUAGAAGUGAUGUUUCACCUGAAGAAAUCGAAUUUGCCACAAAAGUCGAGAAUAAACUUGCUCCUGUCAUCCAGAAGAACGCAAAAGUCACCGAGAUUGUUGCCAAUGGCUUCCUUGCUCUUACUUUUGCUGUUCGCGGCAACAAACAAAAUUGUAUUGACAAGAAACUCCAUAAUUUGGCAUCAUUUAUGCUUGUUCUCCAUCUUGAACAGCAACAUAUAUGCUUGAACUGCCUUUCUUUCCUCAUUUAUCUGUUUGAAAACGGAUUUUCAAACGAAAUUAAGGCAAUUCCUAAUAUUAUGCAAAAUACAGAGAAGGUGUUAGAUAAGUUGGGCCAAUACAAUAUUAUCAUGCAGCAAUCCGUUGCUCUUUUGUGUGGUCUUGGACAUCCAAACAGAAUGAGCUUAAUGCAGAACGCUAUGAAGAGAAUUCCAGAUUCAAAUGUUCUCCCACGCUUCACUAAGUAUAUAUAA